CGGCCCGCUUCCUUUCCCGCCCGGGCCCCGCGCCGGCCCCGCGCCACCCAGUCAUGUCCGCCGGUUGGUUCCGGCGCCGCUUCUUGCCCGGGGUCCCGCUCCCCGCGUCCCGGACGCCCCGACCGCGCGCCAGCCCCGUGCCCUACCGGCGGCCCCGCUUCCUGCGCGGCUCGGGCUCGGGCCCCGGCGCCGCCGACGCCUCGCGCCGUCCGGACGUUCGGCCCGUGCGCAGCCCAGCCCGGGGCCGCGCGCUGCCCUGGAACGCAGGCUACGCCGAGAUCAUCAAUGCAGAGAAAUCUGAGUUCAAUGAGGAUCAGGCAGCCUGUGGACAGCUGUGCAUCGGUAGAUGUGAGCUCGGGACUGAAGAGAAUCAGGAAUGGCUGAACUUGUGCCCAGAGGAGUUCCUCACAGGCCAUUACUGGGCACUGUUUGAUGGGCAUGGUGGUCCAGCUGCAGCUAUCCUGGCUGCCAACACCUUGCAUUCCUGCCUGCGCCGGCAGCUGGAGGCUGUGGUGGAGGGCAUGGUGGCCAUGCAGCCCCCCAUGCACCUCAGCGGCCACUGUGUCUGCCCCAGUGACCCCCAGUUUGUGGAAGAAAAGGGCAUUAGGGCAGAAGACUUGGUAAUCGGGGCUCUGGAGAGCGCCUUCCAGGAAUGUGAUGAGGUGAUCGGGCGGGAGCUGGAGGCCUCAGGCCAGGUGGGUGGCUGCACAGCCCUGGUGGCUGUGUCCUUGCAGGGAAAGCUGUAUGUGGCCAACGCCGGGGAUAGCAGGGCCAUCUUGGUACGGAGGGAUGAGGUCCAGCCCCUGAGUUCUGAGUUCACCCCAGAGACAGAGCGGCAGAGGAUCCAGCAGCUGGCCUUUGUCUACCCCGAGCUUCUGGCUGGUGAGUUCACUCGACUGGAGUUCCCUCGGCGACUGAAGGGGGACGACUUGGGGCAGAAGGUUUUGUUCAGGGAUCACCACAUGAGUGGCUGGAGCUACAAGUGUGUGGAGAAGUCGGAUCUCAAGUACCCACUGAUCCAUGGACAGGGUAGACAGGCUCGAUUACUGGGAACACUGGCUGUCUCCAGGGGCCUGGGAGACCAUCAGCUCAGAGUCCUGGACACAAACAUUCAGCUCAAGCCCUUCUUGCUCUCUGUCCCACAGGUGACUGUGCUGGAUAUGGACCAGCUGGAGCUGCAGGAGGAGGAUGUGGUUGUUAUGGCAACUGAUGGGCUCUGGGACGUCCUGUCCAAUGAGCAGGUGGCACGGCUGGUACGGAGCUUCCUCCCUGGUAACCGAGAGGACCCACACAGAAGUGCAUCUGCAGGAUGGUCCCCACAGGUUCUCAGAACUGGCCAAAAUGCUGAUCCACAGCACACAGGGGAAGGACGACGGUCCAACAGGGGAAGGGCAGGUGUCCUAUGACGACAUCUCUGUGUUCGUGAUUCCCUUGUGCAGACAGAGCCAAGGGAGAAGUAGCCGCUGAAGAUUCAGACACUGCGUCUCAGGACCACUCCAGGGCCGGUAGCAGUCUGGGCAUCCCUCCACUGGGUAGCAGCAGGCCUUCCUGCUCUGCCCCCAGACACAGCCUGGGACCCUCACCUGCACCCCAGUCCCUUUCCAUGGGAGCAGUUAUUACCAGGCUAUUACAGCUGAAGGAGCAUGGAGAGGCAGGCAGGGAAGGAAUGCUAGUGUCAAAGAUAACAUCCCUCUGGCAGAUACCGUCCAAUUAGGAAACCCACACGAAGCUCCUCAGAUAGGAUCCUUAACUGCCCAUUCCCAGAUGGGGACAGCGGACUGAGGGCACUGGGCAAGGAUGCCAGGAGGGGCAGCCAGCCUGUCUGGGUGCAGGCGGCCAAUCUGUCAGGACACCUACUCAGCAUCCCCCGAAGCCCACACACGGCACUUUGUGGGCAGCUGUGGGCAGCCUUGGAGCUGCCAAGCCAUCCUGCAACAGCCUCUGGGGAG